AUGGGCAAAGAGAAUUUAUCAAAUGAAAAUAAUAAAGUAUUGAAUGCUCGAACAGCUGGAGUUGUUUUACAUAACAAUAUUUAUUAUGGAAAAUGUUUAAUUGGAGGUGCUCUUGCAUGUGGCUCUACACAUUUAGCUAUAACACCUCUUGAUGUAACGAAAUGUAAUAUGCAGGUAAAUCCAAUUAAAUAUACAAAUUUGUUGAGUAGUCUUCGAACAAUAAUCUAUGAAGAAGGUGGUCGAGCAAUAUGGAAAGGAUGGGUACCUACUAUUUUAGGUUAUUCUACUCAAGGUGCUCUGAAAUUCGGUCUUUAUGAAGUUUUCAAAGAUAUAUUAGCAAAUUUAGUUGGUUAUGAAAAUUCUCAAAAAUAUCGUGGAUGGAUUUGGCUCACUGGAGCUGCAGCAGCAGAAUUUUGUGGUUGUAUUGCUUUAUGUCCUAUGGAAAUGGUUAAGGUUAGAAUUCAAACAAGUGUACCAGGUACAUUUCCUACAACAUUUAUAUCAGCUACUAUUGCAAAGAAUACGAAUCGAAAAAUAACUCGAUUUCCAUAUGGAUCUAUUGUACCAUUAUGGUCAAGACAAAUUCCAUAUACUGUUACCAAAUUUUAUUUUUUUGAAAAGAUUGUUCAAAUGUUAUACACUCAUGUAUUUACAGAACCAAAAUCAAAUUAUUCUAAAAGUACUCAAUUAGGAAUAACAUUUGGUGCAGGUUAUUUAGCUGGAAUUCUUUGUGCUAUUGUAUCUCAUCCAGGUGAUUCAAUUGUUUCAUUGAUGGCUAAACCAAAUUAUAAAGGAAAAUCAAUUAAAGAAAUAACUAAAGAUUUUGGUCUUCUUAAUUUAUGUAUUAAAGGUCUCGGAACGAGAAUUAUCAUGAUUGGAACAAUAACUGCUCUUCAAUGGUGGAUUUAUGAUACUUUUAAAACAUCAAUGGGAAUGGGUACGACAGGUGGAAAAUAG